AUGAGUGGCUCCCGUGCAAUUACUCGCGCUGCCACCCUGGCAAGGCGUACAGUCCACGUCAAGAUGUUUCCAACACCCAGAACAUUUCCUGAGCGUCGGGAAGUCCUCCGAGUUAUGGAACAACUCGGUGAAGUGGAAAUGUUCCGUUCAUUGAAGUACCACCCAAAGGCUCCUGUGCCAAACGCCUUCCUCUCGAUGUUCAGAACCGAAGCCGCCGCGGUUGCAGCUCUGAACCAAAGCCCAAUCCGCUAUCGCCUUAUGCCCAAUGACUCUCAAUCCGAAGAUCCUUCUACAGAAACUCUUCUUGGCUCAACUCUCACUCCGCCUGACCACGCGCCAGCAGAGCCAUCCACCGCGAAGCCCAACGACGAGAAGAUUUUCGAACUCCACAUAUCAACCACCACAAUCGAUCAUGAAAGGUACCUCAGAUCCCCAUCGACAAAUCCACUCUACGGGCCCUUUAUACCAAUCAGUCCCGUCAAGUCCUAUAUCGCAGCUUCGUUAGAUGCCGUAAUAUCACCCUCGAUGUGGGCUCCUGGCUUGAAAGACUGGGAGACGGACGGCUCACAGCUCGGAGGCGGGAAAGUGGCGGAUUUGGAGUCCGAGCCUGGCCAGUCGAUGCCGGUGACAAGUAUUGAGUGGAGGGUUAAUCGAAGGCAGACGAGGAGACGGGAGAAAUUGAUACCGAAAGUGAUGAUGGGGCUGAAGAAUUUAAGGCAAGAAUGGGAGGCUGAGCAGGAGCUCAAGCUGGGGAAACCCGUCAAGUCAGCUGCCUCAUGA